AUGUACGAGCUGUUCCUCACGGCGCUCGUCGAAGACAGCGAUAUCAACACAGCCCUCGCCGUUCUCAGCGGCUUCUGCUCAAUGCAGCCAUGGGAGUCCACCAGCCGAGUUCUCUACUUCCAGGGCCCUUCUCGGCCAUCAGGAAUAACGAACCAGCGCUCCCUUGAGAAGCCCAUCCGCAAGGACGUCGCCCAGCUCUGGAAGGAGCUGCAUCAAAACCUCUCUCGUCAAUCUUUUGUUCUCCAGGCGCGCUAUGAAAUCCUCAAAGACCGGGAUUUAGGCCCUUCCGCCGAGCCAGUGGAUCUAGACACUGUUCCAGGCAUUCUGAGAUGGACAGAUUUUCCAGAUCCUCCUCGCAAUCAGCCGCUCCUCGCUCAGCGAAAGAAGGUCGAACUCUGGGAUCAAAGGAAGCUGCUUUCCGUGCUGCAAGAGAACAAUCACCAGCUCAAGACAGAGACGGUAGAAGAAACGUACCGCUUCUUUCGCGAUGACGUGGAGUUUUGUCUCACCAGACACUACUUUGUCGGACCGCUUGAGAAUUAUGUCCCUCUGUCAUCCAAGCCGGCAGCUCCCACAGCGCCAAUGCCUACACUGCCGGCCUGGGACUCUCUCACCCGUGUAGAUGCGCAAAAUCGCUGGAUUCUCCAGGUCAAGGCACAUGUUGUCCAAGACAACAAGCCAGAUGAGAUCAAGAAGGCACAAGACCAGCUAUUGAAGUUUCGCGCGGAUCUCGAGGGCGUCUUCGAUUUCAAAGUCUUCGACCGCAGGGUGCACGACACUCGAGUGGCUAUGCAGCCGCAAGGAGUUCAGGCUCUCCCGCAGAAAGUGCUUCUUGGGAAGUCAUGA